AUGAGACUCAAAGGUUCAGAAGACCGUCCUCUCCGCCCUGUGGCACCAGCUUGGCAAUCAUCCGUUCCCGUACUUGUGGCUGAUUGGUGCCUCGGUGCCGCUUGUGUGGGGCCAGAUGGACGCUGUUGCAUCGCAGCUGCGGAGUGGAGACCCGGAAAUGGCGGUCGUGUGGACUCUCAAUGCCAUUAUGUGGUGGCUGGCAGCUUUCCCGGCUUCUUUCGUCAUUUGGGCCAGCCUAACGUGGCGCUUGAGGGCGCGGCCCACCUCCCGCUGCGCGGACGUGCGCUGGUCUGA